AUGGACCAACAACAGGCGAAAGCAGGCAAAACGGAGCAAACAGGAGCUCGAUCGACCCUUCCCACAGGUCGAUCGAUGCAAUGCGCGACAAUCAGCUCGAUCGAUCCCAUACAACAGGAGGGGGUUCGAUCGAGCUCAUACUCGAAGAGGAAGAUCGAUCGCUUAUACACGAGAAGCAAAUCGAUCGAUCCCAUUGUACGACGUGCCACUCGAUCGAUCCCCUGCAUGCAUGCGUCGUCCAUCUCCAGCCGUUCGAUCAACCCCGCUCAGAUGAUAUCACAGCCGUUCGAUCUACUUGGUGCAAACCGACUCGAUCGAACCGCAGCGAACCGGAUUGAACCGAAGUCGACCCCGGAGCUAUUUAGACCUAUAUUUAGCCAUUGUUUAGGCUACGCCGUUUUUCAGAGUUUUACAUUGUUUCUAAGGGAGAAGAAUUCGAACCUCUUUUUCACAGUUUGGAGAAGAUUUCUGAACCCUUGUUUUGCUAUUAUUUCUAUUUGA